UUCCUUCUGCACAUUUUAGAGCCAGAAUUUUGCAUUGUAUUUUGUAUUUUCAGCUGAAUACUUGUUGGAAAUACCCUAAAUUUAUUUUUUUGUCAUAAAUUGAAAAUAUGAUUAGGCUACACCACGUUUUGUGAUAAAAAGUAAAGAAAUCAGAUAUCAUUAUAAUUGUCGGUCUGGGUGGAGAGCGGUAGAAGUUGGGCGGUGAGUGGUGUAAAGUUCUGCGAGGAGCCUGUUUUAGUCAGAGAACGGCAGAACGAACACACUGCUCGGCACAAAGGGAGUGAAUUUAUUCGUCAUUCUCGUUUUUGGAUAAUUUUAUAAAUUUUUACUUUUGAAAACAUCAUAACUCAAUUAAAAUGGCCACCAACGAGAGUGAGGCUGCCAAUCUGAAGACUCAGGGGAAUCUUUCGUACACAAAGAAGGACUUUGAUACAGCCUUAUCCUGCUACACGAAGGCUCUGACCCUCGACCCUACCAACAUGACUUACAAACUCAACAUUGCUGCGGUAUAUUUCGAACAGAAAAAGUACGAGGAUUCCAUCAAAACUUGUCUGGAUGCAAUUGAAUUGGGAAGAGAGAACAGGGCCGAUUUCAAAUUAAUCGCGAAAGCAUUCACUCGCAUAGCUAACUCACACCGAAAACUUGGCGAGUAUACGAAUGCAAAAGUCUUUUAUGAAAAAUCAUUAUCUGAACACCGAGUCCCCGAAACUCGAGCUAUGCUGGCUGAGGUCGAAAAGAUUAUAAAAGAGGAGGAGCGUAAAAGCUACAUCGAUCCCGUUAAAGCUGAAGAGGAAAAAGAAACUGGAAAUGACUUGUUUAAAAAGGGAGACUUUGCUGGCGCUCUAAAACACUACACGGAAGCUAUUCGGCGUAAUCCAGAGGACGCAAAGCUUUAUUCCAAUCGUGCCGCGUGCUACACAAAAUUGGCCGCAUUUGAUUUGGGAUUGAAAGACUGUGACAAGUGCUUGGAGUUGGAUGUGACUUUUAUAAAAGGGCAUCUCCGUCGGGGUAAAAUCCUCCAUGCUCUGGGAGACCAUACAAAAGCAAUGACUUCGUAUGAGAAUGCGUUGCAACUCGACCCCACGAACUCGGAGGCAUUGCAAGGUCAUCAACUCGCCCUCCGCCAAGUGCACUCGAAUCCUGAGGAGAUGCGGAAGAAGGCGAUGGGUGAUCCGGAGGUGCAGGCAAUUCUUGGGGAUCCUGCCAUGCGACUGAUUUUGGAACAGAUGCAAACGGAUCCGAGGGCACUGCAGGAUCAUUUAAAAAAUCCUGAAAUUGCUGUCAAAAUUCAAAAGUUACUGGAUUCUGGGUUGAUUGCUAUUAGGUGAAUUGUGUGAAUGAUUGUCAUGUUUAUUUUAAGGAGGAGAAAACUUAAUAAAGCUUUUUUUCAUUGAACCAUUUAAAAGUA